UAGCCAGUUCACAAUACUAUACUUAAAUACCCGCAUUCAUAGUAUUGAAGUCCUAGUUAUUUGUGUAGGUUUCAAGGGCCUCGUCUUUCUAUUCUUGCAAUACUCACUUUUCAAAAUGUGUAGGGGAACCAUUCUGCUAAAAUAUUUCACAAUACUAUACUUAAUCCUUGUCAUCCUUCUGCAGUUUUCUCAAACAUGCAGUGCUAGGAAGAGCAAAAACUAUUGUCCCCCUUCUGCUUGUGGUCAUAUCCGUAAUAUAAGUUACCCUUUCCGCUUAAAGACAGAUCCACAAUAUUGCGGUUUUCCAGAAUAUGAAUUAGCUUGUGAAGGUAACCAAACGGUUAUAUCGUUAUUCUCCAAGAAGUUGUAUGUGCAAGCCAUCAACUAUGAUAACCAGACACUUCGCUUGGUAGAUCCAACUUUACAAACACAAAAUAAAUGCUCUCUGAGACCUUGGCUUACCUUCCGACAAUACAAUGGAAUCUUCUCAAAUUAUUAUACUAAUAAUGGAUCUAUUCCUAUUUUCAAGUUCAACUGUCCAUUUGCUAUUAAUAAUUCGACAUUUCUGGAAAUAACUGGCUGCAAGUUAAGUAGAUACACUUAUUUAAGGAUUGGAGAAAUGAAUGCCUCUGAAGUCAGCGAUGGAUGCAGAGUGGAAUUUAUAACCCUGACCUCUUGGCCUAAUAUUAAAGAUGACAACAACAUCUCCCUUUCUGAUUUUCGUCAAGCAAUCAACUACGGCUUUGAAUUAUAUUAUGGGAAUCCGAGAUUUAUACUAGGAGGGGGUGUUAUUGCCCGGAUUUUAGCCCUGAUUUUCUAUGUUAUUGCCAGGAUUUUGCGGUAUAUGGAAAUACCGGUUAGGUAUUUCCUAAAUAAGCUCUGGUUUGGGGGCCCGAUUUUGCGGUAUAUGGAAAUAGCGGAUAGGUAUUUCAUACAUAAGCUCUCGUUUGGGGGCCCAAUUUUGCGUGUUAUUGCCGGGAUUUUGUGGUGUAUUGAAAUACUGCUUGUGGAUUUCAUAAUGUAUUCGGGAGCAAAAUUUGUAAUCAGCCUUCCAUUCAUAAUUGCAUUUUUGGUGUUCAAAUUCAAAAGGAGGCAUUUAUCGAUGUAUGAAGAGAUUGAAGGCUUUUUGCAAACACAAAACAAUUUCAUGCCAAUCAGAUAUAAUUACUCCAACAUAAAGAGAAUGACCAGAGGGUUCAAAGAAAAAUUAGGUGAGGGAGGCUAUGGCAGUGUAUAUAAAGGAAAGCUUCGAAGUGGAAGAGAUGUAGCAGUGAAGAUGUUGAGCAAUCCUAAAGCGGGUGGUCAAGAUUUCAUGAAUGAAGUAGCUACCAUUGGAAGGAUUCAUCAUGUCAGUGUGGUCGGACUCGUAGGGUAUUGUGUUGAGAGAACAAAGCGUGCUCUUGUAUACGACUUCAUGCCCAAUGGAUCACUAGAUAAGUACAUUAGUCAAGAAGGAAGUCCUCUGUUAAGUUGGCAGAGGCAGUAUGACAUUGUUCUUGGAGUGGCCCGAGGAAUCGAAUAUUUGCAUCGAGGUUGUGACGUACGAAUUUUGCACUUUGACAUCAAGCCACACAACAUUCUUCUGGAUGAGAAUUUCAUUCCAAAGAUUUCUGACUUUGGGCUUGCGAAAUUAUAUCCAACAGAUAAUAGCAUUGUGACUCUCACUGCUGCUCGCGGAACCAUUGGAUAUGUAGCUCCUGAGUUGAUUAGUAGGAGUAUUGGAGCAAUCUCUUAUAAAGCUGAUGUUUAUAGUUUUGGAAUGCUGCUAAUGGAAAUGCUUGACUUGAAAAGAAAUGUAGUUGCAAAUGAAGACAAUUCUAGCCAGUAUUUUCCUUCUUGGGUUUAUGAUAAGUUGAACAAAGGCAAGGAGAUAGUGGUGGAUGAAGAAGCAAAUGAUGAUGAAAAGAAGAUGGCUAGAAAGAUGACUUUAGUUGCGUUAUGGUGCAUACAAACAAAUCCGGUACAACGCCCUUCAAUGAGUAAAGUAGUAGAAAUGCUUGAAGGUGAAGUUGAAGUUCUAGAAGUACCUCCUCAGCCUCUUCAAUCUCAACCAAUUGCUCUGUUUCAUCAGAUGGAAAGUUCCAUGACGUUUUCGUUUGAUUCAACGGCUUUGUUGGAAAAUUCUGUUGAUAAUCCCGUUGAAUUAGAUAUAUGUCUUGAUUGAUUCAUAGUUGAUGCAAUGUUUAUGUGAGAUGACAAAUAUAGCCGACCCGACGUGUUUCGGAACUGAGGCACUAUCAUUACUGUUUUACUAGUUAUGCAAAGGGCAGUUGCAGUGAAUGACUGUCCACUUUAUCACAGAAAAA